AUGCCUCCUAAGCAACAUAGUGAUGACAAUCUUUAUGUAUAUAACGACGAAGAAAGACUUUCUUUUUCCAACGUUCCUUUAAGCCGCACAGAAGCAAAUCAGCACAACAACUAUAGCGGUGUAAGUAUUUCAGAUGAAUUGUUUAAUCCCUAUCAUAACAAUACGCAAGCAUACAACUAUACGUUAAUGAACAGACCACCUGAACAGAAGCCCGAUAAACUGGAUAACGAAAUACAACAACAUCCGCCUGUCUUUGGUCAAACGCUCAAUGGUCCGUCUUUAGAUAUUCUCUUAUCAAGAGUAAAUACCCAGCUUGUAUCCAGCAAUAUAGUUCCAACGACACCAUAUUUUGAUCCAAAUCAUCAACAACAUCAUCAUCAGCAUUACCAACAUCAACAACAGCAGCACUAUCAACAGCAGCACUACCAACAGCAACAACCACGACAGCUUAGGCACCCAAACUUUCCAUCAAUUAACCCACCGUCCUUAUCACGGGGUAGCGAUAUUGUACCGGUCGUUCCUGUAGCAAUGCCAGAAUUUCAUUAUGGUAUCCCACAAGAUUCAACUUUCUCGUCAGCCUCAUCUUCACUAAAUAUUCUUAAUACUCCCACUUUCGACCUAACCACAAGCCGUAGUAGUAGCAAUAACAACAACACCAGUGAUCUGAAUACAUCCUAUUCAGCCGUUACUGAAUCUUAUUUCCCUUCAACUUCGUCAGACGGGAUGAUGGCUUCUAUACUUCCAUCUGUUCAAAAUUCACCCACGAAUAGUACCCAUUCUGAUAUAUCGAUCGCUAUCAGUGAUACAGAAAGUAUAGUCUCUAAACCUACAGGGAGGACACAACAAUCACAACAACAUCCAUCGUCAACAAUGGCACUACAACAUUCAACAUCAACAACAGCACAACAACAACGAUCAAAAACAAGCUUAACACCUGCAACAAAACCAAAGCUAGGGAGGUCGUCUUCAAUGUACAAGACUCACUCAUAUGAGAAUGUCAUGACACUCAGCGACUUCAAUGUCAACAGCGAUAACAGCAAUAGUCAAAGUAGCAAAAAAAAAGGCAAUAACAGUUCUUUAUCAAGCCGGCGUCUAUCCCCUCCUUCAAAACCAUUGGACCAUGAUAGAGUUAUGGAAGCUUUAAGAGCUAAAAUACUAAGAAUGAAUUCACCGAAGCCGCAAGCAACAACUUCGGGCGAUAGUAAGCGAAAGCCUUCUCCAGAACCUGCCACACGUCCUCCGAAUACUUACCCUUCAACUGGUGUGUUAUAUCUUAAUCUGAAAAACCGAAGACGUAAAACUUCCGUUCCAAAAAGAGCCAGUGAAAAAGGUAGUUCGGGUGACACUGGCUGCUCGUAG